GGGAUUCAGUUUUUGAAAUAAAACACUGAGCCUUCAGUGACCUUCCUGAACAUGUAAAAGCACAGCUGUCUGCAUGGCAGCAGUUGUACCUCACAAGGUGGAUUGUGCCUUUACCCUGGAACGUUUAUGAUGCCCUAUCACCAUGGUGGUGGGAUUAGGGAUCUCUUGCCCUUGGUCGUAAGUGGCACUGUCUGUGCUGAGUUUUCCAAAGGUCAGAGCAGAUUGAACUUUUGUGCUUUCGUUUUUCCUGAUUUUGACUUUCCUUAUGGGGAACCGGUUUUCCUGCUUUCAAGGUGACUCGAAGAAGCCUUCCAAAAAGCAUGUGAAAAGGGAGCCCUGCUCUACCACUACGGUGACUUCUUCGAGCACAAUCAAUGAAAUUUUGAGAAGAUACAGCCUGUACACCACCCAACGUUGGAGGCAUCAUGGCUUCUGGGGAAGGAAGAAGGUACACCCACAAGAAGUGCAGCCGGUACCUCUGACCCGUGGUCAACAGACAGGACAGACACGGGCAGGCUCUGUCCUAAAACAGAAGGAACUGUGCGACCGUCGUGAUUGGAAAUUUGUGAGGAUCACCGUGUUACUCAAACUGUUACGAGCAUGAGAUUCCAAAGUACUGUGAGCCUUGGCCCAGUCUCGAAGGUAAAGGAAGGCUGCUAGCAAGACUGGCAUCUGGGCUUGGCUGUGUGUGUUUUCUGCUGUGGGAAAAUAUACAUAACACAAUAUUUAUCAUUUGAACCUUUUAACCAAAGUGUGCAUGCAGUGGCAUUAAAAAUAUUCACAGUGUUGCAUAACGAACACCACUAUCUACACCCACGAUUUUGAUGAUUUCUUACAAAACCUUGUCCACAGUAAGCAAUAUAUCGCCUUCUCCCUGUUUCCAGCUCAUGGUAAUUCCUAUCCCACCUUCUUUUGUAUGAAUUUGAUUAUUCUAGGCACUUCAUGUAAGUACAAUUAGACAAUAUAUUCCUUUUGUGUCUGGCUUAUUUCACUAAGCACAAUAUUUUCACUGUCCACCCAUGUUGUAUCAUCUAUCAAAAUUGUGUUCCUUUUUUACAGAUGGAUGAUAUACCAUUGCAUGUAGACCACCUUGCUUUUAUUACAUUCAUUUGUUCAUUGAUAGUUGGAUUAUUUCCACCUUUUGGCUCCUGUGAGAAGUGAUGCUGUAAACAUUAGUGUACAAAUAUCUGUUUGAUUUCUGUUCUCUAUUCUUUGGGGUAUAUACUUGAGUCGAAUUCCUGGGUCUAAAGGGAGUUAUAUAUUUAACCUUCUGAGCCAUUGCAGACUGUUUUUCACAGUGGCUGCAUCUUUAUCCAUUUCUACCAGCUAAUGUAUCAGGGUUACAAUUUCUUUACAUCCUUGUCCACACUUACCUUCCUUUAAAUCAUCCUAGUAUAUUGGUGUCUACUUGUGUUUUUCAAUUGCAUUUCUCUAAUGACUAUUGAUGCUGAGCAGCUUUUCCUAUGCCAUUAUCCGUGGGUGUAUAUUCUUUAGGGAACUAUAUGUUCAAGUCUUUGCCAAUUUUUAAAGAGUUGUCUGGGGCCAGGUGCGGUGGCUCACGCCUG